UCUAACGAGAAGCCCAACAGUACAAAUCAAAGUGGACCCACUCAGAGGGCAUCAGCUUUAGCCGCACUAUCUUCUGCUUUUAAUCCAUCUUCCAAAUCUGCAGCUACCGGUCCCAAACCAAUCCGUUCCAGUAAGGGUGGUUCACAAAGAGCAGCUGCAGUUGCUGCUUUGUCAUCUGUUCUAACAGCUGAACAGAAGAAGGCACAAUCUGAAGGUUCAACGCAUCGACAUAGCAGAACCUCCUCCCCUGAUUCAACUGCAUUUGAAUCAUUUAAGAUAGAGACAGCAACUUCUGAGACGGAGGAUCCUGUUGAAGUUGCCGCAGUAAAGGUAGAAAAUGAAGUGGAUGGAUUUGAAUCAGAAAGCAAUGGCACAGUUGCAGAGGUUAACCAGGACUCAUUUGCAGAAGAUAAAAAUGGCGAAAAAACCUUCAGUUAUGAACGUCUGAAAGCCAAAUCCAGCAACCCAGUCACUGGUAUCGACUACAAAAGGAGAGAGGCUUAUUUGUCUGACGUGGAAUUCCAGACUGUUCUUGGAAUGACAAAAGAUGCAUUUUAUCUGCAGCCAAAAUGGAAGCAGGACAUGCAGAAAAGGAAGGUUGAUCUCUUCUAAUCUCAAAUAUCUCAGCAGCGAAAUUCAGUUGCUCGUGCUAUUAUUAUUAUUUUUUAUUGUUUUCCUCCACUUUCUGCUUAUUUGAGAGGUUGAGAUAUAUGCUGUAUUGGUCACUGUCAGUAUUGCUUGCUUGUUGAUGAUUACUACUGCUGGUUUGCUGGGGUGAUUUUUGCAGCGCUACAGUCAUUCUUUUAUUUGUAAAGGAGCAUUGUUUGUCUUGGGUGCUCAGGGUUUUGGGUUUUGUCCUGUUUGUUCUUCUCGUCAGAAGGGUCCAUAUGCAUAUAUUUUGGGUUGCAUGCGCAUGGAGCUGUCUGUUAAGUCGGCAUAUAAAUGUUGUGUGCUGCAUUAAAAACUACAAUGUAGUGCUUUUUAAAUUAUUUCCAGUCAUCUGCGUUCAGCAGUCAUAUUCA